AGGUUUCAGUAGCGGCGCCGAGCGCAAGCUAGGAACACGAGGGCAAGAGUCGCAGCUCAAGCCGUCCCAGUGCAGUGUACCCGGGCACUAGCCUGCUUGCAGCCCCAGGAUUAGCCGGAGGACGAGUCCUCAGCGCGGCCGCCGCCCAGCCGCCCUCACCUGGAUUACCUACCGCGGCAUUUGCACCGUAGCUAGAGAGAAGGUGAAGCGGGAGGAGAGACCCGAGCAGAGCCUGUCUAAAUUUUCAGCGACCCCCUCCGGCGGGCGGACGCGCGGGAAAGCGGCGUCCCAAAGAACCGAGCCAGCGUCGGGGCCGGCGGGUGGAAAGAGCGACGCCCCAGGGGAUGGCAGCCGCAUCCCCGAGCGCCUCGGGCUGGGUGCUAUUGCUGCUGGUGGCACUUUGGCAGCAGCGUGCUGCUGGCUCCGGAGUCUUCCAGUUGCAGCUGCAGGAGUUUGCCAACGAGAGAGGCGUCCUGGCCAGCGGGCGGCCCUGCGAGCCCAACUGCCGAACCUUCUUCCGCGUCUGCCUUAAGCACUUCCAAGCCAUCGUCUCGCCCGGGCCCUGCACUUUCGGCAGCGUCUCAACGCCUGUGUUGGGCACCAACUCCUUUGCCGUCGGGGACGACAGUAGCGGCGGAGGACACAACCCUCUCCAGUUGCCCUUCAAUUUCACCUGGCCGGGUACCUUCUCACUCAUCAUCGAAGCUUGGCACGCUCCGGGAGACGACCUGCGGCCAGAGGCCUUGCCACCAGACGCGCUCAUCAGCAAGAUCACCAUCCAGGGCUCCUUAGCUGUGGGCCAGAACUGGUUACGGGAGGAGCAGACCAGCCCUCUCACAAGGCUGCGCUACUCUUACCGGGUCAUCUGCAGUGACAACUACUAUGGGGACAGCUGCUCACGUCUAUGCAAGGAUCGAGAUGACCACUUCGGCCACUACAAGUGCCAGCCAGAUGGCAACCUGUCCUGCCUGCCUGGCUGGACGGGGGAGUACUGCCAACAUCCUGUCUGUCUUUCUGGCUGUCACGAGCAGAAUGGCUACUGCAGCAAGCCAGCAGAGUGCAUCUGCCGCCCAGGCUGGCAGGGUCGCCUGUGCAAUGAAUGUAUCCCCCACAAUGGCUGUCGCCAUGGCACCUGCAGCAUCCCCUGGGAAUGUAACUGUGAUGAGGGCUGGGGAGGCCUGUUCUGUGACCAAGAUCUCAACUACUGUACCCACCAUUCCCCGUGCAAGAAUGGAGCAACGUGUUCCAAUAGUGGGCAGCGGAGCUACACCUGCACCUGUCGCCCAGGCUACACUGGUGUGGACUGUGAACUGGAGCUCAGCAAGUGUGACAGCAACCCCUGUCGCAAUGGAGGCAGCUGUAAGGACCAGGAGGACAGCUACCGCUGCUUUUGUCCCCCAGGCUAUUACGGCCUGCACUGUGAACACAGCACCUUGAGCUGCGCUGACUCUCCCUGCUUCAAUGGGGGCUCCUGCCGGGAGCGCAACCAGGGCGCCAGCUAUGCCUGCGAAUGUCCCCCCAACUUCACUGGUUCCAACUGUGAGAAGAAAGUGGACAGGUGCACCAGCAAUCCCUGUGCCAAUGGGGGCCAGUGCCUGAUCCGAGGUCCAAACCGCAUAUGCCGCUGCCGCCCUGGAUUCACAGGCACGCACUGUGAAAGCCACAUCAACGACUGUGCCCGCAACCCUUGUGCCCAUGGUGGCACUUGCCAUGAGCUAGAGAAAGGGCUCAUGUGCACCUGCCCGGCUGGCUUCUCUGGCCAGCACUGCGAAGUGCGGCUCUUCGGUGACGCCUGUAAUUCGGGACCCUGCUUCAACGGGGCCACCUGCUACCCUGGCCUCUCCCCGGACAACUUCGUCUGCAACUGCCCCUAUGGCUUUGUGGGCAGCCGCUGCGAGUUCCCUAUGAGCAUGCCUCCCAGCUUCCCCUGGGUGGCUAUCUCCCUGGGUGUGGGGCUGGUGGUUGUGCUGGUGUUGCUGGGCAUGGUGGCCGUGGCUGUGAGGCAGCUGCGACUUCGUCGGCCAGACUAUGGCAGCAGGGAAGCCAUGAACAACCUGUCGGACUUCCAAAAGGACAACCUGAUCCCGGCCGCCCAACUUAAAAACACAAACCAGAAGAAAGAGCUGGAAGUGGACUGUGAUCUGGACAAGUCCAAUUGUGGCAAACAGCAAAAUCACACGCUGGACUAUAAUCUGGCCCCAGGACCCCUGGGGCCGGGGACCAUGCUGGGAAAGUAUUCCCACAGUGACAAGAGCUUAGGGGAGAAGGCGCCACUGCGGUUACACAGUGAAAAGCCAGAGUGUCGGAUAUCAGCGAUAUGUUCCCCCAGGGACUCCAUGUACCAGUCUGUGUGUUUGAUAUCAGAGGAGAGGAACGAAUGUGUCAUUGCCACGGAGGUAUAAGACAGGAACCUCUCCAGGACAUCCCAGCUUUGCCCCAGCAGCUGGACCUUCCUUCUGCAUUGUUUACAUUGCAUCCUGGAUGGGACUGUAAUAUGCAACGUGCUGCUCUCAGGAGGAAGAGGGAAUGGCAUGAACUGGACAGACUGUGAACUUGCCAACAGAUGUAGUACCCUUCCACACCUUUGGGUGUCUGUCUGGCAUCAGAUUGGCAGCCCUGCCAGGCAGGGGAACAGAGGACAGGAGAGAUGCCACUUGGACCUGCCCGGCCAACAGUGGCCCUCGGAGGACUCCUCGGGGGCCCUGGCCUGUUUUCCACAGGGAGUGGCAGUGGCCCUGUGGGGUCUGGAGCUGCUGUGGCCUCCACUGGCAUCUGUGUUUCCAAAAGUGCCUUUGACCCAGGCUCUAUGGUGAAAGCUGGGUCCAAAUCAGAGAGGAGAGAAGAGGCCAGUAAGGGGCAGGGCCAUCUGUGAGCCAGGAAGCCAUUGGGUGAGGCUCUUGGCAGGAGUUGCCCUGCAAGUGAGGUGAGCGCCCGAAAGGGGAGGAGCACUUUCUGCCCCGUGCCUCCAACUGCUGCAUGUGGGCCUUGCUCAUACCCCCCAGCCUCUCCCUGGCUAGGCCCGCUGGACCAGAAGGUUGGUUAGCCUUACCUGGCUUCCACAGCCCCUGGCUUUGGGUGCCUCUGGGCUCCUGGGAACAGACAGGAUGAGGGCCUGCCCCUUCUGCCAGUGAGGGGCAUCAGGCCUAAGUCAGGAGCUCAGGGCAGUUCUGUCGGAAAUUUCACUGAGGGAGAAAUGGUGCCGUCACGACCAAGGCCUUUUCCUCCCUCGAACUUAUUCCUACAGCCUCAAGCCUGGGCUCUGCCCAAGCCCACUACUGCCCCCAGACCACCUUUGAAGCCGAUCUUCAGAAAUCAAUAAUAUGAGUUUUUAUUUUGUUUGUUUUUUGUAGUUUAUUUUGGAGUCAAGUAUUGCAAUAAUUUAAGAAUCAGAAGCACUGACCUUUCUACAUUUUAUAACAUUAUUUUGUAUAUAAUGUGUAUUUAUAAUAUGGAACA